AUGGAUACUUGGUCUGACCUUUGGGAUGCUCUGCCAGCCGACGACAAUCUUUACAGUCUAACCAAUAUCCCACCGGCCAAGGCAGAUGCAACCGUCAACAUUUUCUCGUUGCCCAUCGAACUAUUGCGCACCAUUAUCGAGCUAUGCAACAACCGCUCUAUACUCGCACUCAUGCGGGUCAACCGUGCUCUCCAUCUCGUGGCAUUGUGGAAGUUUUACGCAAACGUCCACAUCCAGACUUCCAGUCACGAUAAAAUACUCAGCUUAAUCGAUAAUGAGCUACCAAUCAACGAAGUGAUACCGAAUCUGUUCAAGAAACAGUUUGGAGUAUUAGGAGGCGUGCUUCGACGACCAGAACAUAUGGCGACGAUCCACCAGCUUCACAUUGUCGACGUUCCCCAGUCGAAGAAAGCCGAAAUCACAUUCCACCGAAUCAUCCGGUAUAUCCUAGACAAUGCAGUAUCUCUCCGAAGUCUAAUCAUUCCAAAGUACAACUCUGCCUCCUCCACACUCUACGAUGGUUGGGUCGCCCCUUCCAGUCUGCGCCACAUCGAAACCCCGACGAUCAAAACAAGUCUUAUGACAGUAUUACUUGGCACGGCUCGUCUUACUUCGCUCCGGAUUACCUCGCAAUGCAUGACCUUCAAGCACCUACGAACUUUGGGAGAACGGAUCGGCUCAGGCCUUCAAGAAUUAGAAUGUGUCAUCCAUGUCUCGGCAGAAGACUGGGGAUCUUCUCAUGAGAAUAUUGAUGAAUUCGCGACCAAGUUUCCUCGUCUCAAUAACUUGGAAUAUGGGUAUUGCGGUCCCAUUGGGGUGGUACGCCCGUAUGGUAGGCCGUCUACACGAGCUGACCAGUGUCGGCCUCAAGGAUUAUCUACACACUGCCUCCCCCGACUCAAUAGGAGAGGAAAAGAUCAUCCAGGCAUUAUACCGGGCAAAUAG